ACACACACACACACACACACACACAGACAUAUACAGGAAGAGUAGAAAAACAUGAAAUCAGUGGUGGAAGGUAUUAGAUCAUGUAAGAUUAUAUUGGCUAGUGUGGAUUUGGAUUUUAUUCUAAUUUCAAUGAGAAAUCACUGGAUUUAAGCAAGAAAGGAAUUUGAUCUCAUCAAUACAUCAAAAAGAUCAUCAUGGCCACUCUAUGGAAGAUGAGUUUAGAAGCUACAGUAGUUAUCAGAAGGUCAGAAGUUUAUUGUGACAAUCAAAGGCAAGAGAGCAUGGAGACAAUUUGGACUUUCACUGGAAAAACGAAAUCACAUUCAGAGUACAUAGGGAUGUAAGCUAAUAGGAUGUAUUGGUGAAUUAAUAUGGACAAUGGGAUUGAAAUCUAGAGUUUUGACUUUAGGAACUGGAGUGUACGAUUUUUGUAUAUAUCAGCAGAUGCUCUCUGUAUAACCAAGUUCCUAGCAAACUCCUUGAACACUGAGUGUCUUUGGACCUUUGCUGGAACUUUCCAACACAUUUCACAUGUGUUGCCAAAACUUGUUUCUGGAGGAAACAAGCAUGUUCUAUGUGACUCUAAUUGGAAAGGACUCUUGGAUACUGUGUUCACUUUCAUCCUGAACUCAUCCCUUAAUGGUUCACUGAUUUGCCCUGUGUCCUUUAGCUAUCUAUAAUGAACCAUGGCUGUGACUAUAGUUACAUGCUGAAUCUUGUCAUUCUUCCUAUUGAAUCACUGAGCCAUAUAAGAAUGUAUUAAAAGCUGGUGAGUCUGUAAACAAAAUUGAGCCAGUGAAAGUGAUUAAGAAAUGGAAGAAGCAAUCAUUUCUGUCCAUCAUUAGAUCCUAAGGUACAUAAGCCAUGGAGAAGAAUUAAAGGUAGCCUUUGCUUGAGAUCACUGCAGGGCAGCAGGAUCCUUGGGAGAUGGGUGGAUUUAUUUAAAGUGAACAGAUGAGGAGAGGUUAGAGCUGGAGUUUGAUGACAAGGAUUAGGGUUUCUGUGGUGGCCACUGUCAAAGAGUUCUGUUGGUGCCACGGAUUGGAGGGUAAUCAGAUUAGAGAUUUGGGGGCUUCUGGGAGGUAGAGAUCAGUGUGUGGGCCUCCAGGAUUGAGGAACCCGUGAGGAAUGGGAGCCCCUGGAAUCUGCACAGAGGAACUUGUACAAUAAAACGAUGCCAGAGAACCGUAGCAAUCCAGCCUCAAUGGGAAAUCAAGAUCCCAAAGAAGGCAUGAUCUCUAAGUUGGGAAAAAAGCGAUCAUUGGAAGACAUGAAAACAACCAGCCCAAGUAGUGUGAACAAAACAGCACAGUCCAAGAAAGCAGGAGCCAAUGCAAAAGUCCAACAAGAUGAUGAGCAGAUAGAGGAAAAGCAGAAAUCUCAAGGCAAAUUCAUUAAGGAAGCUACAUUCAAGAAGAAAAGUUCAACUAAUAAGAAAAGCAAUGAGUGUGCUUCGUCGGAGACAAAAAAUGCCAGUAAAAAACAUGUUACUUCCAAAAAAAGGCUUCUGAAACCUGAUUCUCAUGGGAAGAACUUGAAGCAGAAUUUAGACUUCCCUGGUCAGGUUGAAAACGCUACAAGAAACAAACUUGAUAAAGCUAAAGAGCACAGGAAAUCAUCCAGCCCUGCCAUAUCUGAAACAAAGAAAGAUAAGAUUCCAGCUGGAAAGAAAUGUGAGAAAGGACCCAACAGUAAGUCACCUGGUAAAGAUGACCGAAAUCCAGCUGGCAAGAGAUAUGAGAAAGUGUGCCACCGUAGCUCACCCAACACUAAAGAAGACAAAAUCCAGACUAGAGAGAAACAGAAAUCACCUAGCCGUAGCAGUUCAUCUACUGUGUCUGACAAAGCUCCAGCUUCUGGGAAACCUUAUGAAUGCAAUCAGUGUGGGAAGGUCCUCAGCCAUAAACAAGGACUCCUUGACCAUCAAAGAACUCACACCGGGGAGAAACCAUAUGAAUGUAAUGAGUGUGGCAUAGCUUUUAGCCAAAAGUCCCACCUUGUUGUACAUCAGAGAACUCACACUGGAGAAAAACCAUAUGAGUGUGUUCAGUGUGGCAAAGCUCAUGGUCAUAAACACGCCCUCACUGACCAUCUAAGAAUUCAUACUGGAGAAAAGCCCUAUGAAUGUAAUGAAUGUGGGAAAACCUUUAGACACAGCUCAAACCUUAUGCAACAUGUAAGAUCUCACACAGGUGAGAAGCCUUAUGAGUGUAAGGAAUGUGGCAAAUCCUUUAGAUAUAAUUCAUCUCUUACUGAACAUGUGAGAACGCACACAGGUGAAAUACCAUAUGAAUGUAGUGAAUGUGGCAAAGCUUUUAAGUAUAGUUCAUCCCUGACUAAACACAUGCGAAUUCAUACUGGUGAGAAACCAUUUGAAUGUAAUGAAUGUGGGAAAACUUUUAGCAAAAAGUCGCACCUGGUUAUACAUCAAAGAACUCAUACAAAAGAAAAACCUUAUAAAUGUAAUGAGUGUGGAAAAGCCUUUGGACAUAGUUCAUCUCUUACUUAUCAUAUGAGGACUCAUACAGGCGAUUGUCCCUUUGAAUGUAAUCAGUGUGGUAAAGCGUUUAAGCAAAUUGAAGGCCUUACUCAACACCAGAGAGUUCAUACUGGAGAGAAACCCUAUGAAUGUGCUGAAUGUGGGAAAGCCUUCAGUCAGAAGUCCCACCUCAUCGUACACCAGAGGACUCACACAGGGGAGAGACCCUUUGACUGUGCUGACUGUGGGAAAGCCUUCAGUGCGAAGUCCCAACUUGUUAUACACCAGAGAUCCCACACUGGAGAGAAACCCUAUGAAUGUGAUGAAUGUGGGAAAGCCUUCAAACAAAAUGCCUCUCUUACCAAACAUAUGAAAGUUCACUCAGAAGAGCACUCUCAUGAGGAAAAUUAAUGUAGGAAAUCUGACAACUGACCGGUUUGGUCUUGUUUAACCCUAAAAGAUGUUCUCAACUUGAUGAAUGUUUGAAAUCUUUUUUUAGGAAAUCACUACUUGUUAUACAUGAGAGCAUUUGAAUACGAUCUUUACAUAAGAGAAAUGGAUGGUAAUAAAAUUUCAACUUCAUCCUAAACCUUUACAGAAAUGCUGUAUUUUUACACUUGUUAUAAAUUAUCUCCAUAUUUAGAAUAAAAUAUGAAACUUUUAAAAUUGUGAAUAAGGAUCUGGGGAGAUAGUUUAAUCAGUAAAAUGUGUCCCAAACAAGUUUGAGGACCUGAAUUUCAUCCCUAGGAUCCAUGUAAAAAACUAGAUGUGAUGGUAUGUGCUUACAGUUUUAGAAUUGGGAAAGUUGAGACCGGAGAGGAGUUUCUGGGACCAGCUGACCAGCCAGACUAGCCUAAUUUGCAAGCCCUAGGUCACAGGAUGAGAGACUCUUUUAAAAACAAGGUACAGUGCUCCUGAGGAACAGUACUUAAGGUUGACAUUUGGUUUGUACAUGUACACACACACACACACACACACACACAUGGAAAUAUUAUAGCAACAAAUGAACAGUAAAAUAUGCCAACAAUUCAUGAACUCUUUGGGUGUUGUGUACUUAAGAACCACAAUUAGUAUUUAAUUUGCAUUUAUGCUUAUUGCAUACUUACUGCCUUUUGUAAAAAAAAAAAAAAAAGUGUAGUCAUCCAAUCUGGUAUCAUCUAGCUUUCUUUGUUAAUGUUUAUGUUAGCUCUGAAUCAGUAGAAAACUUUCUGUUGUUUUGUUUUUUUGAGACAGCAUCUUACCAUGUAUCC